AUCCCAUAUUUAUCCUUGAUCAUAUUAAAAAAGAUGCACACUUCCAUCUGCAAAAUACAACUCUUGGAUAUAACAUAGAUGUUAUAUCACCAUUUAACCAUGGAAAUUUGUCACAAUCUAAAGAGUCCCUUAAUAGCCUGCUCUGUAUAGCCGACAGCUUCUAUGAAUUAAAUUCUAUCCAAGUUAAUUGGAUAAAAUCAACGCUCCUGUCACCAUUUAAGAACCAAAAUGCUGUGCACUUUCAACUCCCGACCUCUGCACUCAAUCUUAUACCAGCCAA